CACCUCUUCUCCCUCCGCUGCUCCUUCCCAUGCCUGUGCUUGUAGAUUGUUGGAUUCCACCGGAGCCGGAGGAGGCCGUCCCACUGAUUGUAAAGAGAGGAACAAUUGGUCCUUUAGUCUGAUUGGGUCCCCAGAUAGGCAACACCAGGGAUGGGAGUGUGUCGACAGAGCAGAGAAGCAGUCGCAGAGUAGAAGCAACACCAGGAAAGAUAGAAACUUUACAAAGAGGACACAGAGAAGGAGCGUGGACUCAAGGUGACUUUAGGGAAGCUGAUGCACUGCAGGCAGCAGCUUUCACAACUUUUACAAGGGAAAUUUAGUGAGCGCACAGGGAGAGAAGAACAAAGAGAUAAGAGAAGAAGGAAAAUGAGUGUUUUUUACAGAAGAAGGACCGAGAAGGAGGAAUAAAGUUGAAAAGAAUAAAAAGGACUCGACAACAGCAAGAAAGACGGGAGCCAGGAAACAAGUGCACCCCAGAAGAAAGAGAGAAAGAGGAAGUCCUUUCAGAUCCGCGCCUCGCCAUGGGAGACCGAUUCCAUCUGCCAGCGGCCGCCGCCGCACUGCUCCCCGUGGCCCUGUGCGUUCUGACCCUUCUGCCCCACAGCCUUCUGGGUAGGCUCGCAGAGGAGGACCGUGCGGGCGGCUCGGCGCCGCUGCAGAGGGUGAAGCGAGGCUGGGUGUGGAACCAGUUCUUCGUCCUGGAGGAGUACACCGGACUGGAGCCCCUCUAUAUCGGAAAGCUCCACUCAGACAUGGACAAAGGCGAUGGCUCCAUUAAAUACAUCCUGACGGGGGACGGCGCCGGCACCACCUUCACCAUCGACGACAGCACGGGGGACAUCCACGCCAUCCAGAGGCUGGACCGAGAGGUGAAGUCUCAGUACGUGCUCCGAGCCCAGGCCCGCAACCGCCUGACGGACAGUCCGCUGGAGCCAGAGUCCCAGUUCAUCGUCAAGAUCCAGGACAUCAAUGACAACGAGCCCAAGUUCCUGGACGGCCCGUACCAGGCCACUGUGCCGGAAAUGUCCAAAAUAGGAACAUCUGUGAUCCAGCUGACGGCGACCGACGCCGAUGACCCCACGUACGGAAACAGCGCCCGCGUGGUCUACAGCAUCCUGGAGGGCCAGCCGUACUUCUCUGUGGACGCCAAGACUGGCGUGGUGCGCGUGUCGCUGGCAGACAUGGACCGGGAGACGCGGGAGAACUACACGGUGCUGAUCCAGGCCAAGGACAUGGGCGGCCAGCUGGGCGGCCUCGCCGGCACCACCACCGUCAACAUCACGCUGAGCGACGUCAACGACAACCCGCCCAUGUUUGACCAGAGGCUGUACCAGAUGAGCGUCCCAGAGUCGGUGCCGGUGGGUUCAGUGGUCGGACGGAUCUGGGCGAAGGACAGAGACGUGGGGGUCAACGCUGAGAUGAAGUACAGCAUCAUCGACGGAGACGGGAGGGACACGUUCGACAUCAUCACUGACCCCACCAACCUUUUUGGCAUCAUCACAGUAAAAAAGCCGCUGAACUUCGAAGGCAAACCCAGCUACACCCUGAAGGUUGAAGGUGCCAACACACACGUGGACCCCGGCUUCCGCCACCGCGGGCCCUUCAAGGACGUCACCAUCGUGCACGUGAGCGUGGAGGACGUGGACGAGCCGCCGUACUUCGACCUGCCCUCGUAUUACAUCGAGCUGCCCGAGGACGCCGAGAUCGGGACGCUGGUGAAGACGGUGUCUGCGAGGGACCCUGACGCCGCCAACAACACUGUGAGGUACUCCAUCGAGAGGUCCAGCGACCUGGGGAAGUACUUCUACAUUGAGAUCACGUCAGGGUCGCUGAUGACGGUGCGUUCGCUGGACCGAGAGGAGGUUGGAUGGCACAACAUCACCGUCCUCGCCAUGGAGAUGAAUAACCCCACGCAGAUCGCCAGCGCGUCGGUGGCCGUGCGCGUCCUGGAUGUGAACGACAACCCCCCGUCGCUGACGCACUACCUGGAGGCGUACGUGUGUGAAAACGCCAAGGCGGGACAGCUGAUCCAGACGGUGACGGCCGUGGAUCCGGACGAGCCCAUGGGGGGACAACACUUCUACUACAGUCUGGCUCCAGAGGCUGCAAACAACCCCAACUUCACGCUGAGAGACAACCAAGACAACACGGCGUGGAUCCUGACCCGCCGCGGAGGCUGGUCGCAGCAGGACCAGACCGUGUUCUACCUGCCCCUGUUCAUCUCCGACGGAGAGCAGCCGGUCCAGACCAGCACCAGCACGCUGACCAUCCGGGUCUGCAGCUGCAACCAGGAGGGCAACGUCAUGUCGUGCAACGCGGAGGCCUACAGCCUCCCCGCCAGCCUGAGCCGAGGAGCGCUCAUCGCCAUCCUGGCCUGCAUCUUCGUGCUGCUGGUGAUGAUCCUGCUCAUGCUUUCCCUGCGGACGCACCGCAAGAAGCCCUACCUGUGCGACGAGGAGGAGAACGUGCACGAGAACAUCGUGCGCUACGACGACGAGGGCGGCGGCGAGGAGGACACGGAGGCCUUCGACAUCGCCGCCAUGUGGAACCCGCGCGAGGCGCACCACCCGCUGGCCAAGCUGAGGCAGGACAUGCUGCCCGAGAUCGAGAGCCUGUCCCGCUACGUGCCCCAGGCCUGCGUCGUGGGCGGCGGCGGCGACAGCAGCGUGCACGGGUACGUGCUGGCCAAGCUGCUGGAGGCCGACGUGGACCCGUGCGCGCCGCCCUACGACUCCCUGCAGACCUACGCCUACGAGGGCGAGGGCUCCGUGGCCGAGUCGCUCAGCUCGCUCCAGUCCGGGACGUCCAACACCGACCACGAGUACGACUAUCUCAACGACUGGGGGCCUCGCUUCAAGAAGCUGGCCGAGAUGUACGGGGUGCUGGAGACAAACAUUCCUCCCACGUGGUAGAACACAGCAGACGUUGCCUUUUGAAUCGGAGACGGACUCCAACACACGAGGAGACGAGCGGACAGACGUCCCUUCCUGGACUGUAGCACUUGAAAACCUGCUGUAGCCUCGAAGGCCUGGGUUCAGUUCUGGACGGGCGGCCCGCGAGGCAAAGCACAGUAAACUCCCAGCGGGACCCUCUGUGGCUCAGAGGUCUGUGGAGGAGCGGGCAGCUCGACGAGGGACGUUCAAGUGCAGACGUUGCUUUUGUGAAAUGUCAUCUGUCGCAGGUCUUAAUUUAUUCGUGCUGUAUUUAUACGUUCUGAUAAGUUAUUUGGUGCUUCAGACACUGCUGCCAUGAGGAAAUGUGUAAACGCUGUAACAUACAUGAUGUGACUGCCUUUGUUUUGGAUCCUGUGUGAGCUGAGGUUUUCUGCAUCUCCUGCACACGCUGAGCUUUUCCAGGUUAUUUGCUUUGUUUUUGUAGUUUUUUUAGCUCUUUGUAUUAUAACUGUUCUUAUUUCUGAACCAUGAAGCGGAUGUAGAUUAAAGCGGGGGCCGUGUUGGGAGAAUCCGUCCCUGUAGCCGGAUCAGCGCCUUUACCUUUGGAUCCACCGUCGUGCCACAGUCCGACUUCACAGACACGGAUCAUCUGCGUCAAGUGCCAAAUGCAAGAAAAGGACAAAAAGGAAAAAAUGUUAUAAUCACACAAACACAAAAAGACCAAAAGACAAAAAAGGGUUUUACAAAGUAGGACGAAGCUGAAGGUGCGUUUUUCUAAACGAUUGUGUGGAGUUUACUUGAAAUCCAUGUGGUCCGUCAUUCUACAGUCAGUGGUACGUGAAUGUAGAUACUUUUUGUAUUCUUGGUAAUAAAAAGGUUAAAAAAAAAGAAA